UGACAUCAGACGCCUGGGGCUUUUGCCGGAGCAGUGGGCGUUGGAGACACACAGAGCCAGGCUAGCAGAACGUGUGAGUGGAGCCACUAAUGUGACUACAGCUGGCAGAAACAAGCAGUGGGUCUGCAAUGGAGCUCAAAUAAAUGUCAUGGUGGCGUUCAGCUCGGUAGUCUAAUCUUCCACCCUCACUAGCACAGCCCAUCCUGCUAAAGCUGAUGCUAAAGAUGCUGUUUAGAGACAAUAGCUCCAUCACUCCAGAGCCACAACAUCCUUCCCUCACUGAGGAAAUGCUGGCAGAGCUGCAUUUGUUGGAUGAGAACCUCGACAGUGUUCUACCGUAUCAGCUGCUGGAGACACCAAAUCCACACUACCCUCCAUCCCCACCCCCGCUUCAGCCAACCUGAACCUCCCAGCCAAAAAUCAGCCCAAAUUCUCCCCCACCUUCAUCUACUGCCUCAUCUCCACUUCCGUCCGCCAGACCUUCUAAGAAGAGUCGAGCUCCCCCACCAACUCUAGCAGUUCAGAGAAAGAGAGAAGUUCCUCAACUACCGGAAAGACAGAGCUCCACCCACAUCGCACUCUUUUUAAGUUUUCUUUUAACUCCGUCUCGUCUGGUAUUGCCUGACAUAAGGCUGUUACGCUAAUAUGGCAAAAGUUCCCUCUAUGAUCUUUGGAAGUUUUCUGAGCUUGUUAUUGUAGUUUAAGUCACUUCUUGUAAGUCGCUGUGGGUAAGAGCGUCUGCUAAAUGCUGUAAAUGUAAAUGUUUAAGAACCAGUAUCAGACUGUGGGAGUGCUGACAGCAGAUGCCUGGGGCUUUUGCCGGAGCAGUGGGCGUUGGAGACACACAGAGCCAGGCUAGCAGAACGUGUGAGUGGAGCCACUAAUGUGACUACAGCUGGCAGAAACAAGCAGUGGGUCUGCAAUGGAGCUCAAAUAAAUGUCAUGGUAACGUUCAGCUCGGUAGUCUAAUCUUCCACCCUCACUAGCACAGCCCAUCCUGCUAAAGCUGAUGCUAAAGAUGCUGUUUAGAGACCAUAGCACAAAGCUGGGGCAGAAUAUCGGUCUUCAUUUGAGGAACAGAUUUAAAACACUGGAAGGACUCAGUGAGAUUCCUAGAAAGAACCGGAAGUAUCACUCGAUCAGAUGCCUCAGUAGAGCCACAGGGCCCCAGUCUACGGCCUCAGCACCCGUGUUUUUGGGGAUGACUCUGAAAAACCAAAAAGUCAUAGUGCACCGAACACCACAGCCUGCAAACUGAAUGAAAUCCUGAAUUACUGUCUGAAUAUACAGCAGAGAAGCAGAUCAUUGUUCAUGUUGGGAAUCAUGAAAAAGCUACACACUCAGCAAGCCAGACCUGCAGUCAUUUACCAGUGCUCCUCUGCCUGCAUGGAGGACCAAUAUGUUCUCAAGGCUACUUGGAUUAAACACAUGGCUCCAUAAAAGCUGCAGGUCAAACAGACUGAACUUUACUGACAACUUUAACUUGUUUUUUGGAAAGAGAGAUGUUUUUGGAGUGAGAUGGACUACAGACCAACAAGAGCGGAGCCAGAUCUCUGACAGAGAACCUCAUUUUUUCCAGGUGGAGACACAUCAGCACCAACACCCAAGAACUCUGUCAUCACUCCAGAGCCACAACAUCCUUCCCUCACUGAGGAAAUGCUGGCAGAGCUGCAUUUGUUGGAUGAGAACCUCGACAGUGUUCUACCGUAUCAGCUGCUGGAGACACCAAAUCCACACUACCCUCCAUCCCCACCCCCGCUUCAGCCAACCUGAACCUCCCAGCCAAAAAUCAGCCCAAAUUCUCCCCCACCUUCAUCUACUGCCUCAUCUCCACUUCCGUCCGCCAGACUUUCUAAGAAGAGUCGAGCUCCCCCACCAAUUCUAGCAAUUCAGAGAAAGAGAGAAGUUCCUCAACUACCGGAAAGACAGAGCUCCACCCACAUCGCACUCUUUUUAAGUUUUCUUUUAACUCCGUCUUGUCUGGUAUUGCCUGACAUAAGGCUGUUACGCUGAUAUGGCAGCUGCAGUUUUUAUUUUUAUUUUUUUCAUGAAUUUUUAUUUUUACACUUGGGGUGACCCCUCUGUGGAACUCUCGGUGGUCCCCAGUGUAGGAAAAUCAGAACUUCAGAAGCUUUUGUGUACUGGAACUGGAUCUAACCCGGAGAUCAAAUGGCUCUCCAAAGCUGGGCCUAGAACUGGUGCCUCUAGUAAAGCUCUGACCCUAGCAGAUGGACGCGUGAAAGUGUCCAGUGAGAUAGAAGUGGCUCUGGAAGAGUGGAACAAAGGGGAAGAAUUUACCUGCCAGGUCGUUGAUCUUCAGAAAACGGUGGAGAAGAGCACCAGCGUUUGUGCAGCUCAUCCAUCAGUUGCACCACCAAUACGUCUGGAGAAACCUCGUCUCUUCAUUCCGUCCCUACAGCCACAUUCAGCAGUAACAGCUUCUUGUGUUGCUGAAGCUGCGCCCAACUCCAGAGUUUCAUGGGUUUUGAGUGGAAACGUAGAGAAGAAAGCCAGUAAAGAGAUGACAGAGGAACGACCCAACAGCAACACUCGGCUCUUUGUAAGCAAACUGACUCUGCCAGCAAGAGAAUGGGAACAAUAUCAGAAUGUAACAUGCAGAGUUAAACAGCCCUGUGAUGAUCUGCCUGAGGAGAAAACCGUUAAUGUUCUAGCAAAAUCUCCACCAACUAUCCACCUGCUGAAAUCUGGCCAAACCAUAAUGUGUAUCAUUGAGGACUUCUACCGAAAGGCCCUCAGUAUUAAAUGGAAAAAGAAUGACCGUGAAGUCAGAAGUCAAGACUGGACAACCACAGAAAAUGACUCGGGUUCGUACAGAGCGGUCAGCGUCCUUGAUGCAGAUCUGACGUCUUUGAGCCCAGGAACCAAAUACACCUGUGAAGCCAUACAUGGGGGAAGAACAUACACUGAGUAUCUGUCGUCUAGAGCUCAGUUCUCUCUGAAAAUCAAUCCACCACCAGCAAAGGAGCUGUUUAUAAACCAGAGAGCAGUACUCGAGUGUGUCUUAACUGGUGAUAGUAGGAAGGAGGUGGAAGGAGCAACAGUGUCAUGGACAGCUGGAGGUCGGAGCCCAGCAACUCGUGAUGUUCGUGUUGGUGGUGUUACACAGGCAGGAUCAGCAUUUACCAAAACUAGCACACUGACCCUUGAAGAGUCCGUCUGGUUUUCAGGUACAGAAGUGAUUUGCUCCACUUCAGUGGACCAAAGAACAACCUCUGACAAAAUCAGUGUUAAAAGAGGAGGACAACGUCCCUCUAUUGUCAUUUACAAGCCUCAUAAGUCUGUCCUUGUCACUGACAUGGUGUCCCUGGUUUGUGAGGUCAGCAGCUCUGAUCUCACGAACGUGUAUGUCAUGUGGCAAGUAAACGGUGGACAGUACAUAGAAGGCCACAGCAUGACCAGCAUCAAAAAGGACAACACACUGACUGUCCUCAGCUACUUAACCGUGCCUGGACAGCAGUACAACCGGUCGGAAUUCGCUUGCGCAGUCAAACAUGCCAACAUGGAGAACAGCUACACACUGACAACAAGGACAACAUCCAUGUGUAAAGCCAACUGCCAGGCACCUGCAAUAAUGAAUAUUAAAAUUAGAGUGUAAAAUCUGUCCCUACACUUUAGACACUGGCCUCUCCGUAUGUCCUGGAUGGACGUUGUUCUGGUCUUUUGCUUCCUCUGUUUUUGUUUAUGAUCUGUUUGUGUUCAUUGCUAUGUGCUCACAUAUUGGUUAAAAUUUGAUUUAAUGUUCCCAAGCAUUUAUGGGGACUUGAUAGGUGAUUAUGACAGAGCCUCAGUAAUAUGAGCUUAUUGUCACAUAUGCAUAUGUUAUUAUUGCAACACUUGAAAUAAUAAAUAAACAUGAUUGCAUAUGA